CCGAUUUACUACUCUGGGGUACGUGGUCUAUAAAAAAAAUAUAUAUUUUAUUUUCCGACAAAACGAAAAAUUUAGUUAAACUUUAUGUCGUAUGUCGCCUUUAAAAUCCAAAAUAACAUCAUCCGCAUUGGAGAUAACUAAAGGAUAUCCAAUAUAUGUUUGUUAUAGAAACAUUUUUGCCUGGUGAAAAAAAGUGAAGAAGGCAAGAUUAACAUUUUUCUGGUGUCGAUCAGCAAUUGGGCUGUGCGAAUAAACAACAGUACCAUAAUGCAGCUCUUGCUUUCGACCAUAUGUAUGGCAUUGACCAGUACGGUCAUUGGAAAUGCUUGGUAUCAAAAAAAGCAAUUCUAUCCAGCGGUGGUGUACAUCACUAAAUCCAAUGCAUCCAUGGCGGUGAUUUACAUACAGUUUUUCGCAAUUGUUUUUAUGUUUGGUAAAUUGUUGCGGAAGAUUUUUUUGGGUACCUUACGUGCAGCUGAAUUUGAGCAUUUGUUAGAACGAUUUUGGUAUGCUCUUACUGAAACUUGCUUGGCUUUUACCGUGUUUCGCGAUGACUUCAAUCCUAGAUUUGUGGCACUGUUUACCGUUUUGCUGUUUCUCAAAUCAUUCCAUUGGUUGGCCGAGGAACGUGUUGAUUUUAUGGAACGUUCACCUGUCCUUGGCUGGCUAUUUCACAUACGUGUUGCCAGCCUAUUGAUGGUGUUGGGCUCUCUGGACUACAUGCUGCUCAUGCAUGCUUACAAUUCUGCACUGGCUCGUGGUCCCAGUGUACAAUUGGUGUUUGGCUUUGAAUAUGCCAUAUUGCUUACUGUGGUGGCCAGCACAGCUAUUAAAUAUGUGCUACAUGCCGCCGAAAUGCGUACUGACACGCCAUGGGAGAAUAAAGCAGUGUUCUUAUUGUACACCGAACUCUUUAUUGGUUUCAUCAAGGUUAUAUUGUACGUUUUGUUUGUGGUGAUUAUGGCGAAAUUCUAUGCCCUGCCAAUGUUCGUAUUCCGACCAAUGUUCUUUACCAUACGCAACUUUAAGAAGGCCCUAAGUGAUGUCAUUAUGUCACGAAGAGCCAUACGCAACAUGAACACUUUGUAUCCGGAUGCUACACCCGAAGAGUUGAGAUUAUCGGACAAUAUUUGCAUUAUUUGCAGAGAAGAUAUGGUUAAUCACUCAAAGAAAUUGCCAUGUGGUCAUAUAUUCCAUACAACGUGUUUGCGAUCAUGGUUCCAACGCCAGCAAACUUGUCCAACAUGUCGCUUAAAUAUACUGAGAGCACCGGCCACCAAUUCAACAGCUUUACCAAGACAAGAUGAAAACAAUGGCAAUGUAAACGCUGCUAAUCCCGCUGCAGCUGCUGUACCGGGGGCAGCUGCAGCCGCUGGCAAUGUACAGGCACCAACCACCACAAAUACUGCAGCUAGUACGGCUGGAACAGAAAAUGUAGCUGCAACAUCUGCGUCAGGCCCUAGUGCUUUUACAGCUAAUGCUGGUGUGUCUAUGCCUACUUUGCCAAAUUUAGUGGGCUCUGGUGCAAAUGGUUUGCCAAACUUUGGUGGCCUACCCAUGGUGCCGCCACCAUUUAUGAUGCCACCUCCAUUCCCGUUUGUGGCUCCUUAUGCUGUACCACCACCACCAAUGCCACCAGAUCUAACCACUUUGACCGAUGAAGAACUAAGGGAAAUGGAAGGAAAUGAAAGGAAAAACGUUGAAGAACGUAUAAAGCUUUUGCGUAACAUACAAUUAAUGCUGGAUGCAGCAAAUGUUUUAAUGAACAACUAUCAAAUAGUAGCUCCACGUAGCAUAGCUUUAAACACUGCGACGACUGCAGCACCAGCUGCUGCUGGUACAGCUGCUACAACCAGUGCAACUGAUGAAGCAACCAGAGCUUCAACAUCUGCAACAACAGCAUUAAAUGCAGAUGCAGUUAAUACAACAUCCAGGGAACCAGCAAGCGUUGAUAGCGAAUCCCAAGAAUUACCAUCCACUUCAGCGGCCGCUGCAGCAGCGUUAACAACAGCACUGAAUAAAACGCCAACAAAAACUGAAGAAACUACAGAAAUUCCAGUUGCCAAACACAAUCAAGUGACCAUUGAAGAUGUGGAGGGUGAUGAUGAGGAUCAAAUUCCUGCUAGCGCAACAGAAACGCCCUUGACGGCGGUCAUAGACAGUACGACGGAACAUAUAAACGAGCUACGCAAGAGACGCUUAAAAUUUCUAGAAGAACGUAACAAAACGUCUGCAGAAUAAAGGAUGUUAAGGCUCAAUUUUAUAUAUGAUCUAUAGUAAACUUAACUCUUACAUUUUGAAGGUGGACUGAAAACGUUUUUUAUAACAAGAAAAUAUAUACAUAUAAAAAU